AAGGCCUGGGUGCAAAAAGUGAGUGACUCUGGAACGAUCAGGCGGCUCAAAUGAAAGUUUUAUCCAUUGAAGAAAUUGUAAAUGUUUAAUUCGAGAUAAAAUUAAAUUAAAUUGCCUCUGCGCGAGAGUGAGAACGCGACAGUUUUUAAUGUGUCUUGGUGCUCUUGAAUUUGCUACGCAUCGAGAUGAAAAUCGUGAUGUUGACCAUGAACUCGAUGGGAUCAGUUGUACUGUGACCGUUGAGGUGUAAAGAUUGGGAACAAUAGAGAGUGCUCAAAGAGAAUUUUCCCUCCAAGUGACCACCAAAUUGCCGUGAGCGCGCGCGAGAGUUUUGAAUUUCCCGCCAAAAAAGGAAGUGCAUUUGCGGGGGUGAGGUGCACCACACACCCUCUUGUGCAAGGAGUCGUUGUGAAAUUAAGUGAAAGGAUGAUGGUGCAAAAAAGCUUGCUGAUAAUUUGUCUAGCUGCACAAGUGAUGGCUAGAGAGCCACCCGGGGGAGACAUUGAUAAACACAAUGGAGGAGACGAGAAUCCCGCCGCUAAGGUGUCCUACAGCUAUACCAUUGACAAUGCAGGCGAGAAUGUUCACGGGCACCAUGUCCUGGGGACGAGGGACAAUCUCAAAGGGAACUUCUACGUUCACUUACCAAAUGGGCAGGCACAUUCACACGUGGAUUACAUUGCCGAUGCCUUUGGGUACCAUCCAAUAGUGAGGUACACAACGAAGGGGACAAAUAGCCUGAUGAGUCAACAUUUUGCCAUCCACACGGCAAAUUUGUCCUCGGAACCACCAUCACAAUUGCCAAUUCAGCAUCCGGGCAAUCUUGAAAUUGUUGGCAUUGUGGCACCGCCGCAAUUUACCCACCCGGAUCGGCAACAAGUGGUGCAAUCCGCCCCAGUUGAUGAUAUACCCCGCACCAUACUCUUUCCGGUUGCCUCACCUUAUCCAAAUUACCUUAACACCCCUCCGGCGGAUGUGGAUUUUGUUAAUAUUAACCCAGGUGUGAGCUACCAAGUUGCUGAGCAGGAUAGCGAGGCCACCAGGGAGAAAACUGAGGAGGAAGGUAUUCAAAAAUUAGUUGAGAGUACACAGAAUUUGGUUUCCAAUCAAGACGUUCUGAGCAUCAAUGAAGCAGCUGAACCACCAAAAAUUCUCAAAGAAGCCCUCUUCAGUGCAACAAAUUCCACGGAGAAAGAAGAGAAGGAUUCCAGUGGUGAGGAUGCAGAAGGAAGUGAGAAACACUUCCAGGCAAUUCGUGGAGAUCAAGGACCAUUCCUUGAUCCAAUUGUUGUCGAUGACGACGAUGAAGAGAACAACGUAGCUGCGAAAGAAUACCCAGAUCAGGAGCCGAAGGAAGUCCGCAUCGUUCCAUCACGGGAAUACCUUCCGCAUCAGGAUGUCGAAACAACCCCGAAGAGCAUCAACGUUCAAAUCCUUGAUGAUCACAACAACGGACAAUUCCUCAAGGAGACCACCUACACAACGAGCACAACCCCAAUCCCUGAAUCACCGUCUCGGCAAUUCCUGAGACGCUUGAAAGGCAACCGUGGUCCAGAUGUGAUAACAACAACAACCAGCACAACAAGAAUCUCCUCAGGUGGGGUGUCUGAUAAAGUUCUAGCACCUAUUCAGGCAGGCUUGAGACUCUCAAACUCCGAAGAGGAUUGCGAUGAACCUGAACAUGGGAAGAAAACUGAGCUAACAACUCAGAAAACAAUUGUUGAAGUCCAGAAGAGCGUCAACGAAGAACAUUGUCAUAACCGAAGAAAAGAAACUCACAACAGAGCGACCUGUCUUUGGGGCAGAACCAAGUGUCGUAGUGGGAACUGCAACGUCCCAACGACGAUAGUUGUGGAGAAGCCCGUUGAUCGGAUUGUAAAACAAAAAGUCAUCGUUGAGAAGCCCGUUCAAGUUUUUGUUGAUCGCCUUGUCCCAACUCCGGUUCCCUUCCAGGUGACCGUUGAAAAGAAAGUCGAAGUACCAAAGGUGAUUGAGAAGCCCGUUCCGUACCCCGUUGAAGUGCAAAAGAUCAUCGAUCGCCCAUAUCCAGUUGAACGUGUUGUCGAAAAGAAGGUCCCAGUUCCGUAUCCUGUUGAUCGUGUUGUCGAAAAACCCAUUCACAUUACAAAGUACAUCGAUCGACCAUACCCCGUUGAGAAGCAUAUCCAUGUUCCGGUGGAAAAGAUCGUGGAGAAGCCUGUAACGGUGGAAAAGGUUGUACAGAAGGUUGUUGAUCGUCCUGUGCCAUAUCCAGUUGAAGUUCAGAAGUACAUCGAUCGACCGGUUCCCGUUGAAAAAGUCGUGGAGAAGGAAGUCAAAGUUCCGUAUCCCGUUGAAGUGAAGAAAUAUAUCGAUCGUCCAUAUCCAGUUGAGAAGAUCGUCGAAAAGCCCGUUCACAUACCAUAUCCAGUUGAAAAAGUCGUCGAGAAGAUCAUUGAUCGUCCUGUUGAAGUAGAGAAGGUUGUUGAGAAGGAGAUCCAAGUACCCGUUGAGGUUGAAAAGGUUGUUGAAAAGAUCAUCGAUCGUCCUGUUCCUGUUGAAGUUGAGAAGAUCAUCGAUCGUCCAUACCCAAUUGAGAAGGUCGUCCAUGUUCCCGUUCACAUUCCCUACCAAGUUCCUGUUCAAGUCCCCGUUCAGGUACCCGUGCAGGUUCCUGUUCAGGUACCAGUUCACGUUCCUGUACACAUUGAGAAGGAAGUACCCUACCCUUACCCUGUUCCCAUUGGAAUACCAGUACCUAAACAUAUUCAUCACCACGUUAAGCAUCAGUCAGUUGUUCCUCUGGUUCAUUACAAGGGUAAACCAUACUUCUUCAAAACACCCCACAUAAAGCACGUUCACCUGGAAGGUUUGCCAGUUAAACUGCAGAGUUACCCGUUAACGGCAACCUCAACAGUCCUUCAUCCAAUUGCUCAGGCCAGUGUUGUCAAGCAUAUUCACCUGAAUAGUCCAUCAUCGGUUAAAGUGAAUGCUGAUGCAUCCUUUUCAUCAAUCUACGGUCAUCCACCGCAGAAGUUGAAGCCCAUCUACGGUGUACCGGAGUUUUUGACUCAACAUGAUACUAAAACAACGCAGUUCAAUGUGAAGAUUAACGAUCCUGCACUAGAAGACUACUCUGGUGGACAUUUUGGAUACCAUAGCGGUGUAGGAGUUGACAGUUCAGCCCAUGCAGCUUACUCAACGGGGGUGAUCUUCAAGGACGACUACCACGGGCCAUUACCGCUGAAGACCGACUACUGGAGUUACAGCCUAAAUCAGCCACGUUUUAAGUAUCGACGUAACCUAGACUACUUAAAGAACAUUCGCUUGGAAUACGGGUUCAAGCCACCCCUCGUGCCAUCCCCCGAAAUUGAUGAGUUAGGCAAUCCAAUUAACAGGGAUGCUAAGGAGACCUAGCUCAUGGGAAUGAAUUUAAAGUAAUUCUAAUGGAAAAAGUUGGGGGAGUUUUCCCAUGCCAGUUGGAGAGUUUCCAAUAUUAGGAAAUUAAUAAAUGUUUAUAGCAAUGUAGUGGGAAGAAUGUCAUGAGACUGAUAAAAAAAAACUUACAAAUUUUUAAAAGAGAAGAAAAAUUUUAAAAAUGAUUUUAUUUUGUUAUUAUUUCAGUUUAUUUAUUAGAAGUUUUUGGAAGAAGCUGAAUUGUUUUUCUUGUUAUUCUCGAAGAAAAUUUGUUUAUUUAUCAAAAAGAAAAGAAGAAAAUUGAGAAAUUCUAUGCCAUUUGUUACGUUGUUUUACUAUAAGGGACAAACACAACCAAUUAAUCUUUGUUGUACAAUGAAUAAAAGUUUUGUGUAAGAUCA